AUGCAACCCGAAGAACAACUGGCGGAUGUGGACGGAGGCGCUCUGAAUCAAGAAAGAAGUUCUAUCUUUUCUCAUAUCGAAGAAGGAUUGAAGAAGAACCCUCGUGGCCUUGCCACGGUUGUUAUGCACCAACGCGCAGACCAUCUCUCAGAACUCACUGCUGGGGAGAAAGAUGACAGUCCGAACGCACAAUCGGCCAUCGCUUCGUCCAAUUGCUUACAAUGGACAUACCUACAACUCCAUCAAGCGGCGCUGAAGUUCGCCACUGGUUUGAUGGCCCAUGGAAUCCAACCAGGCAUGCGAAUAGCUACUCUGAUCCCCAAUCGGGUCGAAUACCCCCUCACGCUGUGGAUGUACACCCUUCUCCGCCUGACACUCAUCUCCCUGGAUCCCGGCGCCGUCACUCCACCUCGAAGGGAAGAGCUCACAAAGCUGAUGGAAGCCACAAAUCCAGACGUCGUCAUGGUGCUCGAUGAGAAGGGAGCUGAAGCCAUCGAUCAAGUCUUCUCUGCUCGUGCAGGACCCAAACUCAAGAUCCUACUCGACGGCGCCGCCGAUGGCUGGACAUCCAUACCAGCAAUCGCAGCCGCUGGCUCCAAAAGCUCCAUGAGCCCAGAAACCAUCGUUCAACAAGCCCGCGCGGCAGACGACCCCGACCGCAUAUCACUCAUCCUCUUCACCUCUGGUACGUCCACAGGCACCCCUAAAGGCUGCGCCCGACACGUCGCCGCCGUCAACAACAUCUUCUACAACAUCUACCAGUGGGGCCGGGGCUUCACCACAAGCACCCGCGUCCUCACAUCCAGCCCAAACUUCCGCAUCAUCUCGCCGGCCAUCCACACGGGGAUAUGGUUCAAAGGCGCGACGGCCAUCAUGCCAGAUCCGAGUCUGGGUGCGGAGGGGGCGAUCGCGGCGAUUCGGGAGUGGAGGGUGAAUUACAUCCUUUUCAUUCCCGCGAUAACGUACGGCGUUGUGGGCGAUGCGGAGUUUCAAGGCCUGGACGUCUCGAGCGUGACGGAUAUCACUUUAGGAGGCGACAUGAUCACCCGCGACAUCCACGCGCGGACGAGGAAGGCCUUCCCGCACGCCGUCGUCUCCACCUCGCACGGCAUGACCGAAGGCGGAGGCCUGUUCAGAUGGCCCUUCUUCGCCACCCCUUUCGACGAAAUCCCCUUCUACGCCGACAUCUCCCCCCUAGGCCUCGCAACCCCCGGCUCCAAACUCCGCAUCCUCGACCCCGAAACCCACACCCUCCUGAAAAGAAACGUCCCGGGCGAAUUAUGCGUUUCCUCCAAGAGCGUCAUCAACCACUACCUCAACGACACCAACCAGGACGCCUUCCUGCACCAAGACGGAAUACAGUGGUUCCUGACGGGAGAUCUCGCGAUGAUCGACGCCGAGGGGAUCAUCUACAUCCUCGGCCGGAUUAAAGAUGUGAUCAAACGCAGCGGUGUGCCCAUCACGCCCGCCGCGCUGGAGAGUUGCAUUGAGAAAUUCACGGGGAGCCAGACGAGCGUAGUGGCGUGGCCGCAUGCGGUGUUGGGGCAGGAGCCGUUGGUGGUUGUGAAGGGGUUGGGAGGGAAGACGGAGGAGGAGGUCAAGCGGCGGGUGGAGGAGAUGUUUGGGAGGGAUUAUGCUGUGGGGAGCGUGGUGACGCUCGAGCAGCUGGGGCGGAGAGAGUUUCCUCUGAAUGCUACGGGGAAGAUUAUUAAGAGGGAGGUGGUGGAGUUGGUGGAGGGGUACUAUGGUCAACGUUCGUAG